GGACCCCCAUUCUGAUGCACAACCUGUAGCAUUUUAGUUAGCUUAGCUAGCACUAAUGAUCUAACGCCGCUUCGACAGCAGCCAGAAGGAAAUGCUCGUUGAGAGGAUCUAACAUCAUUCUGUGAAAGCACAGGCUAUUGUGAUGUCGGAGCCUAAGUCACCUACUCCUCCUACCCCUGGUGACACAUACAAAGGCUGGCUCUUUAAAUGGACUAAUUACAUCAAAGGUUACCAGAGGCGAUGGUUUGUUCUCAGCAAUGGUUUGCUGUCUUACUACAGGACUCAGGCGGAGAUGGGUCACACAUGCAGAGGCACAAUUAACCUGGCCACUGCCAACAUUGCUGUGGAGGACUCGUGCAGCUUUGUCAUUUCCAACGGAGGUGCGCAGACCUACCACCUGAAGGCCAGCUCAGAGGUCGAGCGCCAGCGAUGGAUCACUGCGCUGGAACUCGCCAAAGCCAAGGCGGUCCACAUGCAGGCUGAAUCUGAUGACUCCGGUGAUGAUUUCCCAGCAGCGCCCCCCGCCUCAGGGCAGGGCGGAGGCUGUCGUAACUCAGAAAUCCAAUCCACGUUACGUACGCUGAGCAGCAAGGUGGAGGAUCUUUCCACCUGCAACGAUCUUAUUGUCAAACAUGGAUCGGCCCUCCAAAGGUCUUUGUCAGAACUGGAAGGGCUGCGUGUUGGCAGUGGGGACAUGGGGGAGAAGAUUAGACAAGUCACAGAGAGGGCAACACUGUUUCGAAUCACCUCUAACGCCAUGAUCAAUGCUUGUAGAGACUUCCUCUCCAUGGCCCAGAGUCACAGUAAGCGCUGGCAGAAGGCCUUACAGACUGAAAGAGAGCAGAGGAUUCGUCUGGAGGACACUCUGGAACAGCUCGCCAAACAGCACAACCAUUUGGAACGAGCUUUCAGAGGAGCCACAGUUCUCCCCCCUUCAUUCAGUAACCCCACCUUAGCAAGCAAAGGUGGUGGUUCAGGGAAAGGUGAUGCCAGCGAUGAGGAUGAUGACAAUGAGUUCUUCGAUGCGAUGGAAGACCCAGCAGAGUUCAUUACUGUACCUGCUGAUCCCAAAUUUCAUAGGCGAUCUGGCAGCAAUGUCAGCGGGAUCAGCACGGAGACUGGAAUGGACGAUCAGUCUCUGGAUGAAUUAUCGCUGGCAUCCAAUCCAGAGUCUCCGCAGCCUCUUGAGCUGGAGCCAAUCAGACAGAGGCGAACUCGAAUCCCAGACAAACCCAACUAUUAUCUCAAUUUGUGGAGCAUCAUGAAGAACUGUAUUGGAAAAGAACUCUCUAAGAUACCGAUGCCUGUGAAUUUCAAUGAGCCCCUGUCAAUGCUGCAGCGACUGUCUGAAGAUCUGGAGUAUUACGAGCUCCUGGAUAAGGCAGCUAAGUGUCAUAGCUCUUUAGAGCAGAUGUGUUAUGUGGCAGCUUUCACGGUUUCCUCUUACUCCACCACCGUCCACCGCACAGGGAAGCCAUUCAAUCCUCUGCUGGGAGAGACGUUUGAGCUCGAUCGACUGAGAGAGUACAGUUACCGCUCUCUGUGUGAACAGGUGAGUCACCACCCRCCUGCUGCAGCACACCAUGCCUUCUCUGAAAAGGGCUGGACCCUUAGACAAGAGAUUACACUGGCCAGCAAAUUUAGAGGGAAAUACCUUUCUAUUAUGCCUCUGGGUUCUAUUCAGUGUUUGUUUGACAAGAGCGACAAUCACUACUCCUGGAAAAAAGUCACCACAACCGURCACAACAUUAUAGUUGGGAAAUUGUGGAUUGAUCAGUCAGGAGAAAUAGAUGUGGUGAACCACAAAACUGGAGAUCGCUGCCACCUCAAGUUUGCUCCCUACAGUUACUUUUCCAGAGAUGUGCCACGAAAGGUAACAGGAGUUGUAACAGAUAAGAAUGGUAAGGCCCACUAUGUGCUGUCAGGAACAUGGGAUGAGAAGAUGGAGUUUUCCAGAAUAAUGCAAAGUACUAAAGGUGAGAACGGCACAGAGGGCAGACAAAAGACUGUUUAUCAAACCCUCAAGCCCAAAGAAAUCUGGAGGAAGAACCCUUUACCAGAGGGAGCAGAGAAUAUGUACUACUUCUCCUCACUUGCCUUGACACUUAAUGAACCUGAAGAGGGAGUGGCGCCGACGGACAGCCGGCGACGACCCGAUCAGCGGUUGAUGGAGGAAGGUCGCUGGGACGAAGCUAAUGCAGAGAAACAAAGGCUGGAAGAAAAGCAACGCUCUGCCCGCCGAGAACGAGAAAGGGAAGUUGUUAAGGCUGCCAGCUCACCUGAGGAAGCCGAUGCACAGGAGACUGGCACCGAAGCAAGUGAGGUUUCUGAUGAAACUGAUACAGAGGACUCCCCUCCUCAUACACCUGUUGCAUCCCUUUAUGGACCACCAGUCCCACCAUACCUAAUGGAAGGCAAAGAAGGUCCUUAUGGAGCGCCAAACAAAAGUGGCCAUCCAGACAACUACCAAGCACURUGGUUCGAGAAGAUCCACGACCCCGUCUCUUCAGAGACGCUGCAUGUCUACAAGGGUGGCUACUGGGAGGCAAAGAAGCAGGGCAGCUGGGAAAUGUGCCCAGAYAUCUUCUGAUCACAGCUGAGUUGAGAUGUGCACGUGAAGGCAUGKUGAGCAGGGUUUCUCCCUGUGUCUAAUGAAGUAAUGAUUUCUACAUUCAAGAACUCUAAAUUCAUCCGAGCACUAGUUCCUGCUGGAUCAGGGUCAUCUGGAAUUCACYUUUUCGAGUAGGUUCACGUGUCUUUGUGGUCACAUCACAGCUGGUUAGUGCUCAGAGCUCCUUCUCACUGCCACUUAAACACUCCUCUACUUGCUACCCGAGCAGGGUUUUGUAGUCUACUACUUUAUGAUUCCAUCAAAGACCUCGUUUGUUUUGUUUGUUGUUGUUUGUUUUUUUUGGUCAAGUGUGAAUUAUGCUAUUUUGCUGUGAAUCAGAAGCACCGGUGCCACUCUUAAAGCGAGUUCAGAUCCUUUUAAAAUGUGGUUCUGUGGAAGUUUAUGAAUAAUUAAUAUUUUAGCUGCUUUAGGGAGCUAUCAGAAUGACCUCACUUUGGAGAAUUAGUUUCAUUCUGGAUCRUUGAGCUCAAAGCUGGUCCAAGCAGGGCCAAGACCAACGUGGACUCUUGCCAUUUUUAAAACAACUUUGAUCCCAAGUGUGUCAUUGUGCUWCACACAAUCCCCAUCAGUUUYGCUUUGCAUUUUUAUUCUGGCAGAAAUAYUAUGAUGCUUGUGCAAGAAGUUCUACAUCUAAUUUCUGCUUCUGCAAAUAAACUUAGAACUUUAUAUCAGUAACUGUAGCUGCGUUUCCAUUGGCCAUGAAAAUGCGCAAAUUAGAAUUUCGAAAAUAAAUUUGCUCAAUGGAAACACGUCAAUUUAGAAAAAAAUUACGUUUUUCGACAAAAUGUCUUUGCGCUAGGCUGAGGUGGUAUUUCGACCGUAUCGAAAUUGGUGUGUUUCGCAAAACUGCAAUGGAAACACUUUUUUCGCAUCACGGGAGUCACGCGAUCAA